CAGCCGCACUCGCCUCUCGUUUCCAGGAUCCCAGAAACGAAACCAAACAUCGCACUAUCGUAUUACUCAGAAAAGGCGGCGGGUUCGGAGAAGUGAUACCUACAGCUUUAUGGCUACUUCACAAGCUGCCAAGCCACAAAGGACCAUUGUAGUCUGUGGUGUUCCAGAUGGCCUUGUAGGGGAUGACAUCAUGGCUGAUAUACUAAUGAUCCAUUUUCAAAAGGGAAAGAAUAAAGGUGGGGACGUGGAAGACAUCGUCUAUCCUACACCAGCCAAAGGAGUUGCAUACAUAACGUUUGAUGAUAAGCAAGUUGCAGAGAAUGUCCUUACAAAAGCCGAGCACAGCUUGCAGGACAAGAGGCUGCCUGCGGACUUUCCCCUGAAAGUAUCUUUGUAUGGAGAAAGUGUUUUCCCCUGUGUUUCUUGUCUCCUUGAUUUGUCUAUUUUGAGAGGGAGAUGCAUCUUAGAAGAUCUUGUGGAAGACCUUAAGAAGAAUUUCCCAGUUUUGAACUUUGGACCUUUGCAUUCUGAUGGACAUAUAACUGUACAGGGACCAUUUUCAGCAAUAAGAUCCCUCCAAAAUAAGCUUGUGUCAAAAAUACAUCACUCCCCUUCUGAACCAGGUGUUAAGUCUGCAAGAAAAGAGAGUAUGACAACUCUCAGGCCUAACACCAGGCCAGUGAAAAGUGAUUCCUCCUUAGAAGCAAGCAAUAAUUUUGUUCAAAGCACCAAAACAGAGGGAUUAAUGGUUGUUCUUGACACUGAUAUAUAUCUGUACAUGAAAAAAUUCAAAGAAAAGCCGUAUCAAGACAGUCUUAAAAAAUGCGGCGUUGUCAGUCAUGAGAUCAGAGAUGGUGAGGUUACCACGAUAUAUCUUGACAGUGACCCGUCUAACCCAAGUCUGCGCAGUUUAGAAUUAGCUCAAGAUAUCGUUGAAAACCUGGCAGCAGAUUUACAGAGUUAUUUGCGUAAAGAAAGACGGUCCCUCAAAAGUUUCAGCAGAGCUGAGAAACACAAACACAAACAGGCGUUCGAGAGAGUCAGCGUGCUGUACCCUCAUGUUCUGGUUCUUCCAUGCUCAGCUCACAUAGAUAUUAUUGGAACCUCUUCUGAUGUUUAUGGGUUUACACAGCAAGUGAAUAAAAUGGUAGGGUGAUUCCCAAAAGAAUAUUGGAGAUAGUUUGAUUUCUUAGGACGGGACUGAAUGGUUGCCAUGGAAAAUGCAAGCCUUGAUUUGAUUUAAGGCACACCUACCUAAGUUGGAAUGUUAUCACAUCAUAUGUAUCAGUUCCUGCACUACCUUGUCAGCAUUGGUUGACAAGGUGGGAGAAUGACACAAAUACAUUUCCAUGAAUGGGUGUACAGGACAGUCCUUUGCAAGACUGACAUUUAAAGCAACCAUGCCAUGUCAAAGGCUUGUUCUCCAAAACAUCUCAAGAAUGGCAAUGAAUGAACAAGUAGUUGGUCCUCACAAGGGAUAAAAGUAGCAUAGCUUAGCAUGUAUUUUUAGUAGUUGACUUGUUCUUUUGUGCCUGCUCCUUCUGACCUCAGUACACUAAUUAUGGAGCAGUCUUGUUUCAUUAAACGUUUUUCCGCUGGUACUGGAAGACAAUGCCCAUUGCUUGAACAAAUGAUCAAGUAUUCCACAGCUUCCUGAUCAGCUGGAAUUUUCCUUUGCUUGUUCUAUGCAUUUGUUAUAUAAUAGGUGGUAUCACAACACAGUCUUUCCCUUAAUGUUACACACAAUAUAGAAUGUUGUCAGGUAUCUUUGUUCUGUACAUGGUUUGGUUUCAUUGGAUUAAAGCUGGUUUUAUAGGUCAA